UUGACACUGAUCGCGAUUGCGAUCGCUCCCCCAAUUCGAAAUCCGAUUCCACCUGAAAUUGAAAUCCGUAUAAAUAUGCGGAGCACACUCCACCGAUCGAUCAGACAGCUUUAGCGUUGGUCAGCUUUGGAGGUGGUCAGCAGUGAUUGGACUCCGCAAGUAGGACUUGGAUUUCGGACAGGAUCAGAACAGAAUGCUGCGAGGACUGCUGGUGGUGGUGCUGGUGGCCUGGAGCCAAGUGGAUGCGGCCACCCACGUCAACAUCUCGAUUGCCCAGCAGCCGGCCACGAAUCCGGCGGAUGUUAAGUACUUGGAGGGCAGUGCUCCGGCGGAGCUGAGGGCAGGUCCUCACAUGGACGAGGAUCGGCAGUUUCAGCGCAUCCAGGAGCGACAGCAGCAGGUCCAACCCCAAUCCCAAUCCCAGCAGCAACAGCAACAACAGGUGGUUCAAACCCAGCAACAGCAGCAGCCUCAGCAGUUGUCCCCUCGCCAGGGAUUGGGAUUACAGCCUCCGGCCCAAGGUCAGCCACCCAUGUCCAAGAACGGACGACUGCCCCGCCGGAGGAACCACAGCAGACGCCCCUCGAUCCACCAGCAGCCACCGAGUCCUCACAGUGGCCAGUUCCGGCAGAGGAACCAGCAGCUCCGCCAGAACCAGGAGUUCGAGCGGUACAUCCAGUCCUACCACAGCCAUGGACCCACUGUGGAGACGGUCUACGAGUCAUCGAAUCCCGCCCCCCAGCGCUACACCCAAACCAGCUCCGGAGUGACUUCCUCCAUGGAUGAUGCUGCUCCCCAGAAAAUGGUCACCAUUGGAGGUGGACAUCGAUCGCAGCAGCUGAGGAUGUUCGAGCGCCAGGUGGCUGCUCCCGUUUCCAGUCAGGGUCAAAGUGCAAAUGUGGAGGCGGCACAGGACAGCAAGCCCAUCUACGAGCCAGCUCAAGCGCCCAUCCAAACGGCCAACAUUGCGCCGGCCGUUAGUUCCAGCUCGUCAUCCUCGGGAGGAGCCAGUUCCUCUUCCUCCUCGUCAUCGAGUGCUGCCGCUCCCGCUGCUCCUUCCCUGCCAUCUGAUGCCUCUUCUGGCUAUGACUCCUCAUCCGGCUUCAGCCCAUCCACCAGCUACAAUCGUCCGAGCUACGACCCCAGUGGGUUCAGCUACGAGGAUGCCCAGGAGGUGGAGUACCAGGAUCAGUAUCCCCCAGAGGUGGAUGACGCUCCGGGCUACGAGGACUACGGGGAGCAAUCGGGAUACCAGGGUGGAUCGGGCUACCUGCCACCGGCUCCUCCGAGGGGAUAUACUCCUCCACAGCGUCCGCUGGUCACCAAGACCAUCCAAAUAGUGCAGCCCGCUCUGAAGGCCAAGAAGUACGAGGUGCGUCAUCCGGCCAUCCAAAAGGAGUUCUACGACAUCGAGGAGAGGGUGGUGAUCAAGCCGGCGGGAACUCUGGUCGUGGAACUGGAGCACCCGGUGGCCAAGAUCCCCAAGGGAGAGACGCUCCUGCCCCUGGGACAUCCCCAUCCCGCGGUGGCCUCCGCCUACAGCAACAACAACAAUGGCCAGAUCCAGACACAGAACACAUACAACGGUGGAGCGGAGUACAGGCCAUCCUAUGAUCAGCCUGCGGGUGCCAAGGAUCAGCAGACCACCACCAUUGGCUCCAGUGUGACCACCAUGCCCUCCUACGACCAGGCGCCCAAGGACGACUACGUGGAGUCCCGGUUGCAGCAGCAGCAGCCCCUGGGCGAUGUCACCGAUGGCAACCAGAAGAACCCCUCCUUCGUGACCGGAGUGGAUGGCCAGGGCAACGCAAUCAAGAUCAACACCAAGCACCUCACACCCAGCAUGGUCCAGCGGGCGGAGCCGGAGCAGGAGUACCAGCGGUCUGGCCAGCGUGUGUACCAGCAGAGGAACAACUUCAAUCGCCAGCCGUACAACGAGGACGACGACUACUUCUCGGGCGAGUACCUGCCCAAUGUGAGUGCCGGCAGUGUGGAGGCCAAGCCCGCCCGAUUGGAGCUGGCCGAGGAGGAGGAGCGACCCACCCAGAUCAUCAAGCACGAGCACAAAAUCCACCUGCCGCCCUCGCAGCACAACAUUUACCUGGGACGCAGCCGGCAGGUUCCCCUUAAGGAGAGGAGAGUCCAGGAGGUGCCCGCCCAGGUGAGCGAGAUCAAGCCCUAUCUGAAGAGCCACUCUGGACCCACGGUGGUGUAUGCCAAGACCCAGUCCCCCAGGACCUACUACAACCAGCCAUCCAGACAGCGAGUGGCCGAGGAGCUGGACUACAGUGCGCCCUACUCCCAGAUGAGGUUCAGUCCGGACGACCGAUCCUCCCGCUUGGUCCAGUCGCCCCAGGUGAGAUACCGAGCGGAGAGUGCGUCUGCCAGGCUGGUGGAGGCACCUCCCAAGCGGCAGGAGGAGGUCAAGAAGGAGCAGAACACCCACAUCCAAAUCCAGAUAGCCAAUGACCAGGACAAGUCGGCGGUGGUGGCCACCACCAUUGCUCCAGACUGCGAUAAGGGGCAGCAGCGAGCCGAACAGAAGUCGCAGCGCUUGGUGGAGGCACCCAAUUCCGAGGUGUCCGCCACCCAGGCCACUCCCGCGCAGACGAAGUCCCAGCCCGACGUGGAUGUGUCGCAAAAUGGAGCCGCCGGCCAUCUGAAACCCAAUGAGCGGGUUAUUGCGGCCACCGCCGCUCCCACAGACGCCUCGGCCACCAGUGAGACUUUCCACAAGCGGCGCAUCGUCGUGAAUCACCCGUUCCAAACGGUGCGCGAGGUGGUGGAGCACGAGCCCUUCACCAACUACCACCAGAUCCAGGUGAACGAGCCGGCUCCCCCCUCACACUAUCACCAGGCCUACUACCAACCGGCGCCACAGACACACGGGAGCUUGGUCCACUUCCAGACGUCGUCCACACAUGGCAACCUUUACGCUCCAUACGGAUAGAUUAGGAUUGGGGGAAUCUCCGAAGCCGAACCACGAACGAACCCGGCCAAUGCAUUUCCUUUGUUAAUUGUUAUCUUAGUUUUAGGAUAGAUCCUUUAGGUAGAACCCAAACCGGUGGAAGGGCCCUUUCCAUGACGACCCUGAUCUUCUUUCGCAUUAACUCGGUUUAAUCGCCUAGCCUUAAGUGCAGUUUUACUUGCCA